ACGUGGGUGCCCUUUCCUACGUCUUCAACGCAGCAAGUGGCGGCCUUUCAAACCAUUCGGCUCUUGCCUCUAUAUCUACGCGAUUCUUCCGCGCGGAUCGGCUUCUACAACAACUUUUUCUGCUCCACCAAGCCCCGUUUUUGGACUUUGCGAUUCAGUUCUUACUUAACUGUCCGUAAACGUCGCGAAACGAGACCUUUCCUCACCAUGAGUAGCUCAGACGACGAUGCACCUCUUGCGAGGUCGAACGGACAUAUCUCUGCAUCGAGGAUAUCGAAAGCCGACGACAUCGCCAUGGACCGAACCGCCUCGAAGGCACGAGCGGCCCCGCCGGGGUUGUCAAUCCGCAAUGGACCCGUUGAAGACAACGAUGCCAUGGACGUCGAUGGCCCAUCGACGAACGGCAAGCGCAAGUCUCGUUCCUCUCUACCCAAGGUCAAUUACAAGGACGAAACCGAAGACAGCGACGACGAUGCUCCUCUGGCCAAGCGACAAAAGACCAAACCCAAGGCGCCAGAAACGGAUUCAGAUGACGAACCCCUCACUUCGAAGAGGGGCAAGAACCUGCCUCCCUCCUACAGAGAGACCGCUUUGCCAGACGAAUCCUCCGAUGAUGAUCAGCCACUGGGUGCCAGGCUCGCGCAGAAGAAGGCCGACAUUGAGAAGGCAGCUGCCAAGGAAGCUCGCAGCAUUCGUGCCAGCGAGGCCAAGGCAAGGAAGGCCACCCCUAAGAAGGCGAAAAAAGAAGAGUCUUCCGACGACGAUGUUCCUUUGGCCAAGUCAGCAACUAAGAAGCGCCUUUCGAACGGUGCUAGAAAGUCAAAUGGAGUCAAGGCCGAAUCGGAUUCCGACGUGCCAAUUGCGAGAAAGGCUACAGCAAAGAAGGCCACCCAAGCCAAGGCGACAGCAGCAAAGGGCAAGGCUGCUGCUGCGCCAGCCAAAAAGGGAGCUGCGAAGGCUAAGGCGGAAAGCGAGGCUCCUGAUGACGAAGAAGAGGAAGAGUACGAGUGGUGGAACGCCCCUAAGAAGGAGGACGACAGCGUCAAGUGGAAGACCUUGGAGCAUAACGGCGUCAUGUUCCCACCCGAGUACCAGGCCCUCCCCAAGAACGUCAGACUGCUCUACGACGGCAAGCCUGUCAACCUGCCUAUCGAGGCCGAAGAAGUUGCCGGUUUCUUUGGGGCGAUGCUGAACUCCAAGCACAACGUCGACAACCCCGUCUUUCAAAAGAAUUUCUUUGACGAUUUCAAGGCUGUUCUCAAGGAGUCAGGCCAAGCAACCGACAAGCAAGGCAGCAAGGUCGACAUUAAGGACUUUGUCAAGAUGGACUUUGAGCCCAUCUUCCAGUACUACGAACAACAGAGCGCCAUCAGAAAGAACCGGACAGCUGCUGAGAAAAAGGCAAUCAAGGCUGAGAAGGAUGAGACGGAAGCUCCGUUCAUGUACUGCAAGUGGGACGGGCGCAAGGAAAAGGUUGGCAACUUCCGUGUUGAACCUCCAAGUCUUUUCCGCGGCCGUGGCGAGCACCCAAAGACUGGAAAGCUCAAGAAACGAGUGUAUCCUGAGCAAAUUACAAUCAACAUUGGCAAGGACGCCAAGGUUCCAGAACCUCCCAAGGGCCACAAGUGGAAGGCGGUUGUUCACGAUAACAAGGCCACUUGGCUGGCGAUGUGGCAGGAGAAUAUCAAUGGUGCCUACAAAUACGUGAUGCUUGGCGCUGCCAGUGCCAUCAAGGGCCAGAGCGACAUGAAGAAGUUCGAGAAGGCACGAGAGCUCAAGAAGCAUAUCGACAAGAUCCGCAGGGAUUACACAAAGGAUCUCAAAAGCGAGGUUAUGGCAGAUCGACAAAGAGCCACGGCCGUGUACUUGAUCGACAAGUUUGCUCUCAGAGCUGGUAACGAGAAGGACUCUGAGAACGAAGCCGAGACUGUCGGUUGCUGCUCCCUCAAGUAUGAACAUAUCACUUUGCGCGAGCCCAAUACCGUCAUCUUUGACUUCCUCGGAAAGGACAGUAUUCGAUUCUACGACGAAGUCACUGUCGAAAAGCAGGUCUUCAAGAACCUGAAGCUCUUCAAGAAGUCGCCGAAGACCGAUGGUGACGACAUUUUUGACCGCUUGACCACUACACAGUUGAACAACCACCUCAAGAACUACAUGCCGGGCCUGACAGCGAAGGUUUUCCGUACCUACAACGCGUCCUUCACCAUGUCCACUCUCCUUCAGAAGCUGGUUGACCACAAGAAUUUGACGAUUGCGGAGAAGGUGAAGCUCUACAACGACUGCAACCGUGAGGUGGCCAUUCUUUGCAACCACAAGCGCACCGUCGGUGCUGCCCACGAGGCGCAGAUGGAGAAGCUCGGCGAUCGCAUCAAGGGCCUCCGGUAUCAGCAAUGGCGCACGAAGCAGAUGAUGCUUCAAAUUGACAACAAGGUGAAGAAGAAGAAGGGCGCCGAAUACUUCGCUCGUCCCGAAGAGUUGACCGACGAGUGGAUCCUAGAGCACCAGAAGUUCUUAGUGGAAGAGCAGCGCACGAAAAUUGAGAAGAAAUUCCAGAAGGAUAACGAGAAACGCCUGGCCGAUGGCGAGAAGCCAUUCCCCGACAAGGAGCUUAAGGAACGCCUGAAGGCUGCGGAUGAACUUGCCGCCAAGUUCAAGAAGGAGAACAAGUCCAAAAAGGUUGAGCCAGAAGGCCGAGGCCCUACGGUUGAGAAGCUUGCCGACCAGGCCAAGAAGAUUGAUGACAGAGUCAAGACUUUGGAGCUUCAGGCCGCUGAUCGCGAUGGCAACAAGGAGGUUGCCUUGAGCACCUCUAAGAUCAACUACAUUGAUCCACGCCUUACGGUCGUCUUUGCCAAGAAGUUCGAUGUUCCUAUUGAGAAGUUCUUCUCGAAGACCCUGCGCGAGAAGUUCAGCUGGGCUAUCAAGUCAGUUGAGGAUGACGAUUGGGAGUUCUGA